AUGCGACUCAGAUCGCUUCGCGAGCUUGUCGUGCUCUUCGACACGCAGCUGCAGCAGCUGACCCUGCUAUACCUCGCAGACGGAUUCUUUGCGCUGCACACGGUAACAGUCUCCGUCGCCAGUCUGGUGGUGUGCGCCUCUCUCGCUCUCGCCACCAGCAGCGGAUCUGGUAACUCUGCCGCGCUACUCACGUCAACCCCGCUCCUCUUCACGAGCUUUACAUCCUUUGCCUCCCUCUCGGUGCUCACGCUGAUGAUACUGACACUGUUCUAUCGGAUGAUAAGUGGGGGCUUCGUCUACUCCCCGCGAGAGACCGCGUAUGUAGUGGACUGGAUCCUCGACACUGUCUCUCGGCCCCUUGUGGAAGACACAGUGCAUAUACUGCUUGGGCCGAACAAGCGCCGUGAGCGCGGCAUAUUUUUCAUGAGUCUCUGCCUCAUUGGCGAGGCCGGCAAGUUUCUUUCGUUUUGGUCGAUCUGCACGUUGGCGUCGAUGGUCUGGUGCGGGUGGAGCGUGCGGUGUGCGUGGCGUCCGCACCGCUGA